ACAUAAAUAAAUUAGCACACAUAAAUUACCAUGGUCCACAUCACAGAGAAUAACACACUGAACCACACGCUUAUAAAUACAUAGCGUCUCUCUUCCCGCCGAUUCAGACAUAAUAGUGUCAAACAUUUUGCCUAGCAAAGCGUGCUUUAUCGUUUCCUUCAUCUUUCGCUAUAAAACGGUUACUCAAUUGAAAACCCUAAUUCAUUUUUCUUACUCUUUUCUCUUCUCUUCUUCGUUCGCUUCGUCAAUGGAACUUCGUUCUUGUCGUCGCGUUUCCGAUGAAAACGAUUCCGAGGAUAGGAAGGGGAAGAAGCCGAUGAUUGAUGAUACUGAUGGGAAGUGUGACAUUGAUACCGAUGAAGACGAUCCUGCCGUGUAUUUGAAAUCUGAUUCUGAUUAUGAAGCUGAAGACUUGGGUGGGAACUUCCCAUUUGACUUGAAUCAAGACCCAACUUUAAGCGAUAGUGAUUUUGAUGGAGAAGAUUAUGCUUCUGAUUUUUCUGAUGGUAGUGAGUCUUUAUCUAAAAGGAUAAUGGCACAGUCCAGAAAGAGAGGAAGAAAAUCCAAGACUGAAAUCGGAGGUUUUAUUGAUAUAGCUGAUUUAGCUAGAGCGUUGGAGGAGAAUGAGUUGCCUACGAUGGUUUUUGAUGAAGCUCCAGUUGUUUUACCUAUGGUGAAUAGGAAGACAAAAGCAAAGAAGGCAAAAAAGGGAGAUAAGCCAGUGUUGUUAUGGCAUGCUUGGCAAGAAGAACAUGAGAGAUGGAUUGAUCAGAAUUUGUUGGAAGACGUUAACUUGGAUCAAAGUGAAGUGAUGCAUGAGACGGCCGAGGCAUCGUCAGAUCUGAUUAUUCCUUUGCUGAGGUACCAAAGGGAAUGGUUAUCCUGGGCUUUGAAGCAGGAAAGUUCUGUAGCUAGAGGAGGAAUCCUCGCUGAUGAAAUGGGCAUGGGGAAAACUCUUCAAGCAAUUGCCCUUGUCCUUGCUAAACGUGAAUUACAACAAAUGAGUUGUGAACCAGAUGAACAAUCACAUUCGCCAGGGUCAUCUAAAGUCCUUCCUGUGAUCAAAGGAACACUUGUCAUUUGUCCUGUGGUUGCUGUUAAUCAGUGGGUUACUGAGAUUGAUCGAUUUACUUUGAAAGGAAGCACCAAAGUUCUGGUUUAUCAUGGGCCGAAGAGAGAGAAGAUUGCCGAACAGUUCUCAGAGUAUGAUUUUGUUAUAUCAACAUAUGCUCUUGUUGAAUCAGAGUACAGAAAGCAUGUGAUGCCUCCUAAGGAGAAGUGUCCAUAUUGUGGAAAAUUAUAUAACCCGAGUAAGCUAACUAUUCACCUGAAGUACCAUUGUGGGCCCAAUGCUAUUAAAACAAACAAACAAUCAAAGCAAAGCAAGAAAAAGAAAAGUGGUCAGAGUUCAAAGAUGGAUGGAGAGUUGGAACAUAAUCCUAUUAAGAAGAAGGUAGAGGAAAUGCGCCUCGGAGUAGAAGGCAAUGAGAAGUCAUUUUUGCAUGCUGUAAAGUGGCAGAGGAUCAUAUUGGAUGAGGCACACUGUAUAAAAUCUAGGCAUUGUAACACUACAAAAGCAGUUCUUGCUUUAGAGUCUUCUUACAAAUGGGCAUUAAGUGGUACACCCCUUCAGAAUCGUGUUGGAGAGCUAUAUUCUUUGGUACGAUUUCUGCAGAUAGUUCCUUUUUCCUAUAACCUGUGCAAGGACUGUGAUUGCAGGAUACUUGAUCAUAGCUCGUCUAAAGAAUGUCCAAACUGCUCUCACAGUUCAGUUAGGCAUUUUUGCUGGUGGAACAAAAAUAUUGCGACUCCAAUUCAAACACACGGGUAUGGCAAUAGUGGCAAAAGAGCUAUGAUAUUGCUCAAAAACAAAAUUUUGAAGAGCAUAGUUUUAAGGCGAACUAAAAUAGGCAGGGCUGCUGAUCUUGCACUUCCGCCUAGGAUCGUUUCAUUGAGGAGGGAUAGUCUGGAUAUAAAAGAGCAAGACUAUUACGAAUCACUAUAUAAUGAAAGUCAGUCACAGUUUAAUACAUAUGUCGAAGCAAAUACUCUGACAAAUAAUUAUGCUCAUAUUUUUGACCUCCUCACACGACUACGUCAGGCUGUGGAUCAUCCAUAUCUUGUGGUGUAUUCUCCAACUGCCGCAGCACUAAAAGGUGAAAACUUGGCUAGCAAUGGUGAACAAGAAUGUGGCCUUUGUCACGAUACUGUGGAAGAUCCUGUGGUUACCUCUUGUCAGCAUACUUUUUGCAAGGGAUGCUUGAUAGAUUUCUCUGCUUCUUUGGGACGUGUAUCGUGCCCCUCAUGCUCUACAUUACUCACUGUUGAUUUGACUUCCAACAAUGAUGCUGUGGUUAAUAAAACAACAAUCAAGGGUUUCAGAUCUUCAAGCAUUUUAAACAGAAUUCAGAUCGAGAAUUUUCAGACGAGUACUAAAAUAGAGGCAUUGAGAGAAGAAAUUAGAUUUAUGGUUGAAAGGGAUGGUUCAGCAAAAGCAAUUGUUUUUAGCCAGUUCACAUCAUUCUUGGAUCUUAUAAACUACUCCUUGCAAAAGUCAGGUGUAUCUUGCGUUCAAUUGAAUGGAACCAUGACAAUGGCUGCUCGGGAUGCUGCCAUUAAGAAAUUUACUGAUGAUCCAGACUGCAAAAUUUUUCUCAUAAGCUUGAAAGCCGGAGGUGUUGCUCUGAAUUUGACCGUCGCAUCUCAUGUUUUCCUCAUGGAUCCUUGGUGGAACCCUGCAGUGGAGCGUCAGGCUCAGGACAGAAUUCACCGGAUAGGGCAAUACAAACCAAUCAGAAUUGUGAGAUUUGUCAUCGAAAACACAAUUGAGGAGAGGAUCUUGAAACUGCAAGAGAAGAAGGAACUAGUAUUUGAAGGGACUAUAGGCGGCUCUAACGAGGCUCUAGGGAAGUUGACGGUGGCCGACUUAAAAUUUCUCUUUGCUAACUAAAAUGCUGGCCUGAUAUCUUGACAGGAAAAACUGUUGAUACUUCUUGAUAUACAUUUUUUGGCAAUUAUUUUUUGAUGAUAUCUACCAUGUAACUUCCAUGUAGCUUACCAGCAUCUAUAAGCAGUAAACGCAUUAGCUGUAAAUAGAUAGGUAUACUGGCUAUGAAGCCCCCAAAACAUGAUUGUGGGUGGGUCGACUUUUUGUUUUCUAAACUGAAAGAAUGAUUAAUAUACUUGGUUGAGACAA